AUGGCCCUCAUUAUGGAUGCUUCGCGACGAUGGCUCGACGAUAGUGGAAUCUGGAGUUGUCGCAUCAAAGUACCUACCUCGACCACCCACUCCCUCGGCGAAUCCUUCCGUCCACCUGCAGAUUCAGCGGCGCAUCCCCGUUCCAACGUCAGUAUGGCGCCCGCAGACAUCAAAUCAAUGGACGUCCCGCUGGAAAGCACGUCGCCCAGCUCGCGACGCAAUAAGGGGAAGCUGGCCGAGGCUAUACAGAGCAUGACGAGGUUUGGAGAUGGACUGGAGCUAGAUCUACCAACCGACCCUGAUGCUCAAGCAACUGUGACGGAUUUUUUGGACUUUACCGAGUAUCUGCCAUCGGACAUGGUGAGGUCUCUUACAUUGAUUGGAAAUCUGGAUUAUACAUGGUCAAAGGCUUCAUUGGAGGUUGAUGAUCUCACGAAACUAUAUGGACGACUUCCUAGUUUGCCUGCGGAGGCGAGACCAGAACCCACGAGGUUGAGAGCAGAUAUUUCGCAGAAUUUGGCAGAGGCUGUUAGCGCGAGGACGGCAUCAUAUGCGGAAGCUUGUCGCAUGGUCGACAAUGUCGAAAGACAUUAUAACCGUAUUAAAACUAUUUAUGCGAAAUUGCAGCUCAUCGCUGAAACCUAUCCCACAUCGAGAGAAACGUCUCCGAAUCCGAAGCCCAAGUCGCCAGUCGCGAACCGGGCACCGAAGAUUACUCUGCGAGUUGGUGGGCAUUCGGAUGGACAUAGAGUACGCAAACAUCGAGCGCCGAGGAUUACGGUCCCAGGAGAAGUGCUUGCGCCAUAUGAAUUGGACUAUGAAUCGUACGGAUCUGGUAGCGAGGGCUCUUCUGAUGAAAUUUUCGAUACAGCAAGAGCAACCCCUGCGCGCAGUAGCACUGCUGGUGGAGGUAGCAGGUUAAAGUUGACCGUACCAAAGAGAGAGAAAAGUCGAGAUAAGUCGCGAGAUAAGACGAAGGAGAGAGUCCCAAAACCGCCUCGAGAACAACGACCAGCAGGAUUUGGGACAAACGUGCAUAGUCAGUUAGCGGGUAUCUCUACAAGUAAUGCCUUGCGAUUACUGAAAUCACCUCCUCCUGACGCAAAACCAGGUAGCGAACACUAUCCCUGGUUAGCUUUGAGUGAUUAUGAACUUGGUGUAUUGCGAAAGAAGAUGAAAAAGAAUGCUGUAUGGUCUCCAAGCGACACCAUGAUAAAUCGGGAAUUAAAAGCUCGCGGAAGGGGCCUGGAGGCAUAUAAAGCUGCAGUCGGGGCUGCGAACGAAAAGGGUGAAACUAUUGAACCUCCUCCACAACUGACCGGCCAGGUCGUGAACGAGCAGGGUGCGUUGAGUACCGCGGCGGCGACGAAGGGCCUCGAAGAGGAACCGCCGGUAAUGAACCGUGGUAUGAAAUUGAACGAGGCAAAAAAGUUGAAGAGAGAAAAUCAGAAAAAAGAAAUCGAGGCUGCCGAUAAUAACCUCGAGGAAGCUCAACGGAAAGUUGGUAAUGCCAAAUUGGUAAUGCAGAAUAUUUUUGGGGCUGUUCAGAAAACACCAGCCGGAGAAGAGAAGAAGGUGCCUGUAAAGACUCUAAGUAAAACGCCUGCGAGGAGUCAUAAACGAAAGAGAGAACCGGAUCCUGUCGAACCGGAAGUCGCUGAGGGCGAUAAGCCUGUUGCGACUGACAUUGCCGCAAAACCACAGCGUCCUCUGUUGAAACGCACCAAGACAGAAACGCCUGUACCCGUACCUCAACCUAUUGCUGCUAAACAGUCAACACCAGCAUUAUCGGAAGCACCCUCAGUGGCUAGCGAGAACCCAUCAGUUCCAUCCGUCGUCACUGCAGUCCCAGCUCCUCUUCCAGUCCUUGCUCCAGCGCCUGUUGCCGCUGAAGUCGCCCCUUCAGAGACACCAGCUACCCCGCUACCGCCAGCUCUAUCGUCUCCGAAGAAAUCUUCUACGCCAAUCUUACCACCUGUCAAGGAUACUAAGAAGCCGGUCAAAAAGGAACUCAAGAAGAUUGAAGUUCCUACAGCUACGUCGGAACGUCCGAGACGCGGAUCCGCGCAACAUACUCCUAUCACCCCCGCGCCUAACGUCACCUCUACAACAGCAACAGCUUCGGCUAUUGUACCAGUUGUAGCCGAUGUACUUCCAGCCAAACGUCCGACCUCAUCGCGGAGUAAAGCUGCCAGUAUCGAGCGCGAUUUCCAGCUUGCAUCAGCAAGUAUCGAUCGACCCCGCCGAGCCAGUACAGCACGUAACACGCCAGCGCCCGAGCCUCGCCUUCCAAGUAGACGUCAGAAACGACCAGCGCCCGGACCAGUGACCAAAGGCUCGGAAGAGUCUACCGCUGUCAGCGUAGGCAAACGAAGUGCAGCAACCCGCAAGAAAGCCGGCCCGAAGAAAGAAAAGAAAGACGGUCGCGAAAGUAGCGCUGCCCAGGAAUUCGAUGAGAUCGAUGACGAGGGAAACGUUAUUGAUCCUGAUGAGCCACGUUAUUGCCUUUGUAAUCGCGUGAGCUUCGGGAUUAUGAUUGGUUGCGAGAAUUCUGACUGCGAGAAAGAAUGGUUCCACCUCGAAUGUGUAGGUCUGACGGCUAGUCCGUCUCGAACGACGAAGUGGUACUGUCCUGAGUGUAGGGUUACGCUUGGGAUCGGGGAGAAGGGCGAAGUAAAUGCUAGAGGCAGGAAGAAAUAA